GCAAAGAAUUUUUUUCAACAUUCUCCAACUAGAGAUUAGUGGUAGCGUUCGUGAACACCAUGCAUUGGGUUAUUCUUGGGCUUUUUUUGGGGAGAUGCGCGUCGGGAUUGUCGGUGCCCAAGCCGCUUCGAUUUACGUCUAGUGGUACUUUUCAGAUAGCGGUAUUUUCAGAUCUGCAUUAUGGAGAGGCUGAGGACUUGGACUGGGGUCCGGAGCAGGAUAUCAACUCAACACGCGUGAUGAAUGCCAUCCUCGAUGUUGAAGAGCCUCAGCUUAUCGUCUUGAAUGGAGAUUUGAUCACCGGUGAAAACACGUACAAACAGAAUUCCAGCAGCUACCUCGACCGAAUCGUUGAACCUCUUGUUGAGCGGGGUCUGUCGUGGGCAUCAACAUAUGGUAACCAUGACAGUCAGUUCAACCUAUCACGGCAAGAUAUAUUUUGGCGUGAGAAGCGAUAUCGAAACAGUCUCACUCAAAGUAUGGUGUGGACUGAGACAUCGGGUGUUUCAAAUUACUUCCUCCCAGUUUACUCCUCAGAUGAGCGUGACCCUGUGCCCAAGGCGAUUCUUUGGUUUUUCGAUAGCCGUGGUGGAGUUAAAUAUCAGCAGACAGACGACAGGGGCAAUACCGUAGCAAUUUCCGACUUUGUCGAUGAGUCAGUCGUCAAUUGGUUUACUACCACCAAUGAGGUUCUUACUCGACUCUAUCGCAAGACUAUUCCAUCCCUUGCUUUUGUACACAUACCGACCACAGCAAUGCUCGCAUUUCAGCAAGAAACUGGGGUGGAUAAAAAUAGGGAACCUGGGAUCAAUGACGACUACCCUCUCGCUGCACAAGGCCCGUCGGAUGGAUCGUUCAAUUACACUGACCAGGAUAUGCCUUUCAUGAAAGCGCUGGCCAGUACGGGAGGCUUAAUUGCUUCAUUCAGUGGCCACGACCACGGCGAUGAUUGGUGCUUUAAAUGGGAUAAGCGGCUUCCAGGUAUGGAUGUAGCCGGAAACGGCGUCAUUCUUUGCUUCGAUCGACACAGUGGAUACGGGGGAUACGGUACCUGGACGCGUGGAUCCCGUCAGAUUCUGCUUGAUGAAAAAACGUUAGGAUCUCAGACCAAGUCAUGGGUUCGUCUCGAGGACAGCACUAUCUCAGGGGCUGUUACUCUAAAUGCAACUUACGGACAAGACAAGUACCCUGCGGUAUUGGACACCUUCACCUAAACCAAUGGAUCAACUUUCUAAUAACAUUUUGUUCAACCUGUCGUGGAUAUCCCCCAAGUGUGAC